UCUCUUCUUCUCUAUACUCCUCCACAAACAUCUCCGAAUCCCCAAGAAAACCAUCCACGACAAUUUCUCUGCAGCCCUACAAUUCGGGUUCCAGAAAUUCCAGGUUCUUGGCCAGAGAUCAGACCUGGAGAACCAGGUUUUGAUCUUCCAUGCAGAAACUGUUCUCCUCAGAUCAUCCUCUCUAUUUCCUUACUUCAUGCUUGUAGCUUUUGAAGCUGGCGGCCUAAUCAGGGCGCUUAUCCUUUUUCUUCUUUAUCCCAUGAUCAGUCUUUGCCGCCAGGAGUUAGCGUUGAAGGUUAUGGUAUUCGUCUGCUUUCUCGGGCUCAAGAAAGAGAGGUUCGUGGAGGGAAGAGCUGUCCUGCCCAAAUUUUUCCUGGAGGAUGUCGGCAGGGAGAGCUUUGAGGUUCUCAGGAGAGGGAAGAUGACGGUGGGCGUCAGCGAUUUGCCUCAGGUCAUGGUUGAGAGCUUCUUGAGAGAUUAUUUGGAGGUAGAUUUUGUUGUUGGGAGAGAGUUGAAGGUUUUUCGUGGGUAUUUUGUGGGAUUGAUGGAAGAAAGAAGAGAGAGAGGAUUUCAAGUUGUGAAAAUGGCUCCUGAUGUCAUUGGAAUUGGCUGCUUCAGGAAAUGUCUUGAUCGUGAAUGGUUUUUGAAUUGCAAGGAGAUUUAUCUGGUGAGUGAACAAGAAAGAAGGAAUUGGCAUCAACUACCAAGAGAUUUAUACCCCAAACCUCUCAUUUUCCAUGAUGGAAGAUUGGCAUUUAGGCCAACUUUCUGGGCUACACUAUCCAUGUUCAUGUGGCUCCCCAUUGGAUUCACUCUCGGCAUUAUCAGGGCUAUCGUUGCGUUGUCGUCAUUGCCCUUUGAGAUUAAGUUUCCGAUCUUGCACCUCACUGGUGCACAAAUAAAGAUUUCCAAUCCAGAAUUAGCAACGACUAACAAUGCCAACGGAGCCUUAUAUGUUUGUAAUCAUAGAACGUUGCUCGAUCCCUUGAUGCUCUCAUACUGUCUGAGGACUCCUUUAACUGCAGUUGUGUAUAGCCUAAGCCGAGUAUCAGAAAUCAUUUCACCAAUAAAAACGGCCCGGUUGACGAGGAACAGGGGGCAAGAUGCUGAGUUGAUGCACAAGCUGUUGAGUCAAGGCAACCUCGUUGUCUGUCCUGAGGGCACAACAUGCAGGGAGCCAUAUCUGUUGAGAUUCAGCCCUUUGUUCACCGAAAUAAGUGACAGGAUAUUUCCUGCUGCAAUUGAUUAUGACGUUAGCAUGUUUUAUGGUACAACCGCAAGAGGGUUCAAAAGCCUGGACUCUUUGUUCUUACUCAUGAAUCCACAGCCGAGCUGCUCGGUCCGCUUCCUGAACAUGGUACGCGGGGGCGCGGAUGAGACUGGGGAUGAUGUCGAAACAUCAAAGUACAAGACGGCCAAUUUGGUCCAAGCCAUGAUUGCUGAAGAGUUGGGGUUCACUUGCACAAAGCUUACAAGGAAGGAUAAAUACUUGAUCUUGGCGGGAAAUGAAGGAAUUGUUGGAGAUGGUAAGAAAGUGUAAACUUUGGUCUAGAGAUGUAAUUUCUUGUUUUCAUCCUGUUGUGAUAUGUUGUAAACUUUGGACUAGAGAUGUAAUACCUUGUAUUUGUUUUUUGAGCAUUGACUAAUAUAUAUUUUUCUGUAAACUCAACUAGUUGCCGUAGCUACUGUCUCUGCGUACAU